GGCUGUGUUGUUUCGGUGUUUAAUACUGGGAUCAUGUCAGUGUUUUGUAUAUUUAAAGAGACAGUUUGGCUACAUUUAGAGGGGAGUUUUUGCUGCUUUUCCUUUUCCACUGCUGUUCUUAACUCAAAGCUGGUGAUCUUUGAUUCCCAUCCUAGUAUGUUUUGUCCUAUUUGAUGCUGUCUGCUCUUUAAUCCAAUCAAGGAAAGAGAGGGAGAGUGUGUAAUCCAUGGUAAUCCAUCAUCAAGAGACCAACACAGAGGGAGAAAACCCCAGACACACCUGGUCAUUAGAGGGAGAGAGGAACAGCGAUGAUCUGUACAGACUGUGCUGCAACACAGCUUCAAUUCCUGAGCUGAAACUGCCUGGCCUGUAUCCUGACUCCCUGUUGUCAAGGGAAACCUCCCCAUGGAGACACACUGUUAACAUUAGGGGAGGCUCUUUGCAGGAGACGAGACCCUCACCUGGAUGGAGAGAAGAGAGAGGAUAACCAGGGAAGAUGGCAGCAGGGAAAAUGAGAGAGGAAAGUAUUUGUUGAAGAGCAAGUGAGGUUGAAAUCUCCAAAACAACAGAGGAAGGAAGAGUUGGAUGAAGUUAACCUUUCAGUUUCAGGAUGGGCUAUGAUCUGGAGAGGUUUGUGGGGUACGUGAAUGAGGGUCUCCUCUGCUGUGUGUGCCGAGACGUGCUGGAGCGCCCCCUCCAGGCUCCCUGUGAACACACCUACUGCAGCGCCUGCAUCAGCAGCUGGCUGCUCCAUCACCACUCCUGUCCUGAAGACAGACUCCCCCUGGACGUGAGCACCCUCAAACCCCUCUACAGGUACAUGCGUAACGACCUAAACCGCCUACAGAUCCGUUGUGUGAAUGCAGAGCAGGGAUGUGAGGUGGUUUGCUCCCUGGAGAACCUCCACACCCACGAGGAUGAGUGUGAGUUUGCCUUCAUCUCCUGCUCUAACACAGGUUGUCCUGUGCAGGUAGAGAGGCGGGGCUUGGAGGCUCACCUGUCAGAAUGCAAUUUCCGCAGCAGAGAGUGUCCCAACGGCUGCGGCCACACGCUCCUCUCCACCGACCAAUCGCAGCACAACUGUGUGGCGGAGCUGCAUGCAGAGGUGGAGGUGAUGAGGACAGAGAUGCUGUGUAAGGUGGAGGAGGUGAGACGAGAGAUGGAGUCUCGGCUAGACUCGCAGAGGAGACACAUGGUGCAGAAGGAGUCGCAGCUGAAGAGCGAGGUGGAGGAGCUUAAGGGUCAGUUAUCCCGGGUGAUGUGCGACAUGCGAGCCCUGUUAGGAGCAGAGCGUCUGAGGCGGCAGGAGCUGGCAGAAGCUGAGCUGGAGAAGAGGGAGCUGCUGGAGCUCCUCAGAGACCUGCAGCCCACCAGGAGUCCGCGUCCCGCUGAGCAGACGGCCGGGGAUCAUCCUCGAGGGGACCGGCAGACAUCGGGCUGGGAGGCACGCGCCGAGUCGACCUAGCUCCAGCAGAGGGAGGCUUCGUCGCUCGCCUCCUGUCUGUCGCUGCACUCAGCUCAGAUCAUGCCAGCUGCAGGUCCGCCUCCCUCACCUCAGCUGGGAGACGGUAUCCACAAGAGUAGCGCUCGGAGUCUGACUCUGGACCCGCAUCAAGAGGAAGAGUCGAGAGGUGACGGUCAUCUGAAUCGAGCCUUUAACUAAUUGCUGAUUUAAACACGGGCUUGGAAACAAAUAUGAGUUUGGUUUUUGAUUACAGGGAAGUUAGUUUAUCAUUACAGGGUGACAACAGAUUUACAGUUAAAAUUUUUUUUAAAUCAGAACAUUCUAACGCCAUUUGGAUUUAAUUUGUACCAGGUUUCCAUUAAAAGUUAAUUUUGUGACUGUG